AUGAUGGGACCCCCGCGGAAAAUGCCGUCACGGCUUUCGGCGUCUAGGAAUUUUAGUACUGACAAGGCCGAGCGGAGCUCUAGCGCGCCGCCCAGUUAGUUCUUCUGACUGAAUAAGGCUUUCCUAACUAGCUUUUGACUACAUAGCUAAUCAUUCAAAAAUUUUUGAUUUGAAUAACGCAGUUGAAUCGCUUUUUUCAAUAUUCAACAUAUUGCAGGAAGCUUUCGAUGAAACUGUUCUGAUCAGUUCAUGGGGAUUCGACGACAAUUUCGAAUAGUGCAGUAUGAUAUUUGAAAAAUUCUUUCUUAAUCAUUUUCUUUUAGAAGGAACGUCUGGAGCACACGAUUAAAAAUUGGAAACGAAAAAGCGUAUCGGAAAAAAUCAAUCGACUACUACUGGAACAAUUGAUGUUAGGUUUCAAAAGUUUUAAUUUCGAAAAAUUUUACAAUGAGAAAAAAGAAGGCUCAGUGUGCACAAAAUUUUAUCGCGAUCGCGAUAAAUAAUCGAUUAUGAUUCAAGGCCGCAGACACUUUGUCUGCGGAAACGUGAUAAAACUCUACGAGCAACUAUUUUUGAUUCAACUUUUUGUAUGUAUAUCCUCUUUUUCCGCAUUUUAAAGUCUUUGAAAAUUCAGUUAAUCGCGAUAAUGAAAAAUGCGCCUUCUCUGAUCAAAGUCGCGACGACUUUUUCGAAAUUGAUCGAUGGCGGAAGGAGUGUGAUCAACUACGAAACGGGCUAAACAAUACCAGGUACCAGCCCAAUGCUCUUAAAAGCAGCUGAGGGUUUUUUGUUCUGUGUUAAAUUGCAAAGGAGGAAAGAAAUCACAAUAAAUACACAAAGACUGAAAUCGCUAGAAGAAAAAGAAAUGAAUCAAACUUGUAUGAAGAAGCGCGCCCUAAUGAUAAAUCUCUUGUCAAUUUACGUGAGGCAAGCUGUACAAGUACCGAAUAUAUAUAUAAAAACACAUCAAAAAUAACCUAAUGGCGUGUUCAUCGGGCAAAACGAAUGGCGCGAACACGUUUUUCGUUUUGAAGCAUGUUCCGUUUCUCCGAUGAACACGCCAUAAAUUAAUAAAUUAAAUGAAAACGAAGAAAAAAUGAGAAAAAUAUGAUGUCAGGUUUUCCUUGCUUAUCUUUUGUACGGUACUUAUAAAUUCUGUUCACACGGCGACGCGAUCGUUGAUGAAAUAGCGUUUUUUUUUCUUAAAAUUUUUUAUCCGAGAACUUAAUUUAUUGAUAAAUUUGGGGUUUUGCAGCUCUUCCACUUGA